GAAAGUAAAUGAGGCUGACACUCUACUAUCUCAUCUGAAUAAAGACAAAGUGACUCACUGCUCAGAACAGAAUCUUUUGAUGAGUUUUUCUGUCUGCCACAAUCCUGCUCUGCCAUCCUGGGUAAUACCAACACAAAAGCAAAGGCCAGCCAAGAUAUCCCUAUCAAAAGCAGAAAGACUUCACAAUGGGGCACGAUGAACAUAACCCAAAUACAACUGUCAACCUCAACUUUGCUGCAAUCUAUGAUCUCCACAAGGGAGAUUACACCUCCUUCAGAAACUUCACCAUCCCUUUCAAUUACAAUGAUUAUGAUCUGCCACUGGACAAUGAAGAUGACAUGACAAAAACACGCACCUUCUUUGCAGCCAAGAUUGUGAUUGGGGUGGCUCUCAUUGGCAUUAUGCUGGUCUGUGGCAUUGGCAACUUUAUUUUCAUCGCUGCUCUUGCCCGCUACAAGAAACUACGCAACCUCACCAAUCUUCUGAUUGCCAACCUGGCAAUCUCUGACUUCAUUGUGGCCAUUGUGUGCUGCCCUUUUGAGAUGGACUACUACGUGGUGCGACAGCUAUCCUGGGAGCAUGGCCAUGUUCUCUGUGCCUCAGUCAAUUACCUACGGACUGUCUCCAUCUAUGUUUCUACGAAUGCUCUCUUGGCUAUCGCUGCUGACAGGUACCUGGCAAUUGUCCACCCACUCAAACCACGCAUGAAUUAUCAAACAGCAACCUUCUUAAUCGCCUUGGUCUGGAUAGUCUCCAUACUUGUAGCUAUUCCAUCUGCAUACUUUGCUACUGAAACUGUAUUAUUUAUAGUAAAGAAACAAGAGAAAAUUUUCUGUGGCCAAAUCUGGCCAGUUGAUCAGCAGAUGUAUUACAAAUCCUACUUCCUCUUCAUCUUCGGCAUUGAAUUUGUUGCACCUGUGAUUACAAUGACCUUAUGUUAUGCCAGGAUCUCUCGAGAGCUUUGGUUUAAAACUGUACCAGGAUUUCAGACAGAACAGAUCAGAAAAAGGCUUCGAUGCAGAAGAAAAACUGUUAUGGUACUUAUGUGCAUCCUAAUUGCUUAUGUUCUCUGUUGGGCACCUUUCUACGGCUUCACAAUUGUCCGUGACUUUUUUCCAACUAUUUUUGUGAAAGAGAAGCAUUAUCUGACAGCUUUUUACAUAGUUGAAUGCAUUGCUAUGAGUAACAGUAUGAUAAACACAAUGUGUUUUAUAACAGUAAAAAAUAACACAAUGAAGUAUUUCAAGAAGAUUAUGUUUCUCAAGUGGAGAUCAACAUAUAAUGGAAAUAAAUGUAGCACAGAUUUAGACCUCAGAACAAGUGCAAUGCCAGUCACAGAAGAGGUAGACUGCAUAAAACUGAAAUAA